CAAACUAACUCAGAACAUGUCAUCCAAGUCAGACGAUAAGAAGAAGCCAAAGGAGUCGAUUGUCAACUUGGCAAAGCUGCUCGACAAGACAGUGCGCGUCAAGUUCCGCGGCGGACGCGAAGUCAUUGGUCUGCUCAAGGGAUACGACCCGCUGCUCAACUUGGUGCUUGACGAGACACAAGAGUUUCUGCGAGACCCCGCCGACCCCGAGCGAAUCCUGGACGAAACCCGGGCACUGGGACUCACCGUAUGCCGCGGCACCACUGUUAUCUUGAUUUGCCCGAACGACGGCAUGGAGCAGAUUGAAAAUCCCUUCUUGCAAGAGGAUGGCGACCAGGCAUAGUUUUUUUUUUGGGUGGCUUUUGAUACAAUGCGUGCCUCGCGUGCGCUGGUCAUGGACGAUUUUCAUGAUGAUUGAUGUUGUGAGUUUUGUUGCAUUUCGUUUCAUUAUUGUUGUUAUUACACACACAGCAGAAAAAGCAAAGAAGAAGAGGAAGCAGAAAAACUAAAUCAGCA